AUGGUAGUUCCGUACGCAUCGAUCGCUAGCGCUGUCGAGGGGGUCGCAAAGCUCUCUUUCGUCAUCUACACAGCUUGGAAAGACGGCCCUGUGAUCUUGCAGCGCGUGUCCCGCGAGCUAAAAUCCGUGUACCUGCUCCUUCAGGAGAUACAUGUUGAAGCAGAAGAGCCAAGCUCGACCAUUAAUAGAUACGGCGAGCACAAGAAGACUCAGUUCCAGGAGGUGGUCACCCAUAUCAAGCCGCCGCUUGAGUUUCUCUGCGAAAAAGCGCAGAACUACAAGCAGAGCGACCGUAGAGCAUGGCAGCGCAUAUUGAUCGGAGGCUUUGCCAAAGACCAGAUCAAGGAUAGUCUCGAUGAGAUUCUGCAUCAUGUGGCAUACCUCCAGAUGCUCCAUCUAAGUUUAUCGGAUGUGCAGCGAUACUCUCGCUUGGACAACAGCAUCGAUGAUUUCUGCCAGAAGGAGGUUGAGAAAGAGGAAGCCGCCUCGACUGUGUUCUCGUUCGAAGAGAUGGAUGUCAAUCCAGAUGAGUGGGAAGAUCUGUGGGGUAUAUUACUCCCUAAGCUCCAACAGCUGCACUAUGCGUCUGACGAUAUGCAAAGCCAUAAGAAAGAGAUCCUGUCUUACAUCAACUACAAGACAAACGUGGCAAGGGAGGAGCAUGGUCUCAAAGGCCGGCGUCAGCUAGCUUUGGAAGGUAAACGAGCAGAUCGCAACCGUGCCAAAGAGGAGUCUGCAAGCCAGGCGAGCCCUUCCGGGACAUCUACUCCUUCAAUUUCACCAAGUUCUCAAGAAGACGCGCCACAGCAGCAAUCAUCACAACAAGCGCAAGGUACAACCUCAAACGUCAAAAAUAACAACCCCGCAAUCUCAGCAGUACAAUCCCAGAGAGCAGAAGCACCGCUCCCAGCCCCUGCCAGUCGCGGUAUACGGUUGCAAAACAGCGAUCUCCAUCCACUGAAAGCUCAGAUCCAACCCACAACAUCUCAGCCUCGAUUGCCCCGGCCUCAAGAAGCGAGACCCUUCGGCCGGAUUGAUGCUCUCCCUUCACAGCAACAAAUCGUGAGAGCCAAAGCGCAGCAACCUGUGGGGCUGUCCUUGAAGCCUCGCCUGAAGAAUUUCUUCCGCCGCAAACAACAGAAAUACACAUCCCCGGGAAUCGACACCGUUUUGACGCCUAAACCUCAAGACCCACCCCUUUUUGACCAGCGAAGAGAAUUUUCGGAGGGCUACUCUUCCACAGAAAUGCCAUUUCACUCAGCCUAUUCCACUGAAACUCCGGCUGUGGAUCCCAAUUCUUUGGAAGUAACCGCAUCUUCGUCACUUCCGAUCGCACAUCCCGUGCAAAAUGCAGAUAUGGCCUUACCGGAAUUAUGGUCUAGGCCAAUAGUGGAAUCAAGAGGGUUUUUCGAACUUGUUGUGCCAGGCGAAGCAGAGGGGACGAAAUAUGGCGACAACUGUCAAGUGGCAGCUCAAGGUAGCCGUUUUGCAAUUUGGGUCGAAUCUUUUCGGGAAUCCGAUUAUGGCUUCAUGUACAGAGGAGUCAUGGACGGCGGCGGAUCGCAUAAAAUACAGCCGUCCGUGUUGCAUUCAUUGGACCCCCCAAAGUACAAACCACACAACAUACAAAUGGAAUGGAGGAACUUGGGCUCUCUGGCGUUCCUUGAAAAUGGAACGCUUCUUGCCGAGUUCGAAUACGUCCAAAUCAACUACAUGUAUCGUCGACAUUUUGUAGUAGCUUGGCCGUCAGGAGUUCAUAGUCCAAUCUCCUGGAAGUCUGCGGCGUGGGAGGUCAGCUAUAGGGGAAAAUCGGCUUUUGCGCACAGGGGCCAUCUGCUUGCUUAUCAAAGUAAGAAUAGCGUCAACAUCCUGAGGACAACGGGAAUUGGGCCCCGAGGCGAGCUACAGCAUAUAAUCGAGCUCUUCACCGGAAACAAGCCACCAGCCGCCCAGAUCGUCUGGUCCGAGGACGACAGGCACCUCCUUCUCUGCCACGACACCAAAUGUGACGAGGAAGAACGCAAAACCACCAUCCAAAUAUAUGGCAUUCAGAACGGACAUCUGAUGUCCUCCAUAGACUUUGCCGAUCUGCACAGCCACAACCUCGAGUUCCACUUCGGGGACUCACAAGAAGACAUCCUCGCCCUCCGUAAACACGUAUUCCUCUACGACACAGACAAGCCUUGCCCUACUGUUCUGCCAGCGCUUGCUAAAGGGUCGCCGAUCGGACCAGAGUUCCCAUUCGCCGUGCACAUCAAUGCCAUCAGCGGAGAGAAAGAGCUGGUUUCUGAAACGGUGGCGGACGAAAGCAAAGAUCUGUACAGGAUGCCCUCCAUCUCCCCUGAUCGAUCGUGUUUUCUCGGCCGCGCCGCCCAUUCCUCGGGCGAUAGCUCUCAAGACGAUGACUCUCUGUAUCUCUUUAAUAUCCUACACCCCACGAUUUCCGAAGCGCGAACUUUGUUUUCGAGGAGCGAUCGCCACUCAAAGUUGUUGUGCUAUAAGUUCGUGGACAGCGGACAUCGGAUCCUAUUUCUUAGGAAGUAUUGUAACUAUGAUGCGAGGGAGCCUUCUGGGAUUUAUGAUAGGCUGUAUUUACAUUUGCUAGAAUGUGGAGCUGCUGCAUGGCCCGACAAUCAUUACGGUAGAGAUCUCAGGUAA